AUGGAGACCUUUGACUGGGACGCCUUGGACGGACAGGAACGCACGCAGGCCGAGGACGACGAGCUCGCGCAGGGGGAGGCCCAGCUGCGUGCUUUGCUGCUUCGCGCCCGGCCCAAGUGGAGCUCGCGUGAGUUAGAGGCCGCCCUGCGAAAGUUGCAGAUGGUCUCAGUGGCUUCGGUCGCGCAACUGGCCGAAGUCCUACUGCUCCCAAAGGUCGCGGUGUCGGUGUCCCCAAAGCUGGAGCUGGACGAGUUGGAAGAGGAAGUGCUGAAUGUGAAGCUACAAGAGGCGGGAGUCGUUCAGCCGAGAGGCUUUGGCUUCGCUGCGGCAAGAGCUGGACACCAGGGACGUGGGUGCAAUGGACGCCCUCGAGGUGACCGACACGGAGGUGACCGAGACGGAGAUGGGAGAUGCAGGCGGCGGCUUAGUCGAAGUCUGGAGGCCAUCGACUUUGUGGUGGUUUUCGAACGUGUGGCCCUGCGAGCCAGCAUGGCCUUGGACGGUGAGGUUGUGGGCGUGUUGACCCGCGGGCGAGUCUUGCGUGGUGUGCCGCAGCAGGAUGCGGGGCGGCCCUGGGUGAAGGUGAAACUUCAAGAGGUGAACGGAGGGCCAGUAGCCGUGCGAGAGUGGCAAGUGGUCGCUCCUGGCGCCGGCUUGGAGUUGGCGGACACAAAGCCCAAGCGAGUGAAGGAGCUGUCCUUAGGCAGUGUGCUGCAUGGACACAUGGAGCAGCACUGGUUGAAGACGCGGCAAGGGAAGGCCAAGCGUCAUGACUCUUCAGGCCGGGAGUUCUUUCGAUGUCUACCGGAGCGGUUCGGAUGGAUUUUGGUGAAUGGAGAACACCUGGGGCUGGGCGCUUUGUUGCAACCGCUCAGCGUCGACGACGGCUUCCUUCGGCGUCUGCCAGAUCGCGGCCUGGGGCUUUUUGCCACCCAGGAGUAUGAAGAAGGCGACUGCGUCUUGGAGGAGCGACCCUUCUUCCGGCGCCACGGCGUGGCGCAGCUCAAGGGGCACCAGAAGUUCUUCACCAAAAGCUUUCGUGCCAAGUUCGAACAGAUCAAGGCUCCCUUCACGAUGCCUGGAGAUGAGGCUCAAAGUCACGUCUAUGCCUCUCCGGCCAUGCUACGCUCGGCCGUGAGCUUUUGUUCGGCAUCGCUCAUGACGCAGCAGAUGAUCUUGGAGCUGCAUCAUCCUCCACUGAGCUCGAGCCAUCCGCUGGUGUCGGUGGCCCUGGCCGUGGCCAAGCUGUGCCGUAGCGCGGUGCCCUGCUGCCACGAGGUCUCUGAAGAGGUCCUACAGCGCGCGAUCUUGGCCAUCGAGAUGAAUAUCUUCGUGGGGGAGUGUUGCUUCCUCACCUUCUGCCGGAUGAACCACAGUUGCUUCCCCAACGUGGUGUACAUCAGCGAGAAGAGGCAGUUCCGUGCCUUGCGGAAGAUUCAGAAGGGCGAGGAACUCUUGCACUCAUACCUGGGCCGGGAGCUUCUGCUCCCCACCGAGCUUCGGCGGCGCCUCCUGUGGCGCUCCAAGGCCUUCGAGUGCGACUGCACCCGCUGCACAGCAGAGGAGGAUCCGAUGCGCCGGGUGGCUUGCCGGAGCUGUGCUCAUGCCAAGGAGCACUAUGAGGUGAUCUUUCACCCGGGCGUGUGGUUGCGGUCGGAACCCAGCUUGCAGGGAAAGCAGCUGGCCUUUCUGAAUGAAGGACAACGGCUCAAGGCGACUGGAGAGAGGAGUGGAUCAUGGAUCCAUGUGAAGGUGGAGCGGCAGGUCGGCUGGGUGCUGACCAACGGGCGAUCCUUAUCGCCUCCCUUGCAGAAGAUGCUCUGCCUGCCGCUGGAUGCGGAGUCGUGGCGUGUCGUGGCGGAUCCCUACGACGGGCUGCCGCUGCCUGAGUGGCCAGGAUGGCGGCUCUGGCAUGAAGCCGCGCUUCUGUUCUUGCCAGUGGAUGAUGUGCAAACUCCAGUGGCGGAAGACGAGACCCAGGAGGAAGCCUUUUCCCGCGAGAUCUUAGAGCAGCUUCCUGCCGACCUCGACCUUCCCUGUGCAGCCUUCACACAAGACAGCCCUUGCUGCCGCUUUUUGGGCGACCGCUGGUCAUGUCCCAGCUGCGGCGAAGAGGUGGCCGACCUGACCAGUGAACGGCUCCUAGGGCGCCUCGCCGAGCGGACGUUCUUCACCCCAAAGAUGACCCCUGCCUUGGGCUCGGUGAGUGCGAAAGCUGGAACUUCCGCCUUGAAGAUGGUGAAGCGUCUCUUUGUGCGGCAAGCCUUCGAACUGAGCGCUUCUUGCAGCCAGCGUUUGGGACCUCGCCACUGGUCGGUGCAAUGGGCCCGUUUGUUCUUGGUGGAUCUGGCCAUCUCUCGGCUAAACUACGGCGUGGGCCGUUUUCCAGCCUUGGGGAUACUGCUCCUGGACGCGCUCCAGGAGCUGUGGAGCUGGUUGACCACAUUAGACUUGUCCCAUGACCCCAGCUGUUUCCUCUUGACCCGGACCUUAGAGGCACAACACCUGCUAGGCAAUGACCCAGAUCCUUUGGUCCAGCAGAAGCUCAGAACGUUGCAGACAUGGUCGGAGUCCUGUCGCAAGCAGGUGGACAUCUUGCCCUUGCGGCCGCUGAUCAUCGAUGGAAGUAUCUCCUUCCAGUGA